GGCUGGGCUAAAAGGCAAAGCAUUCAUCCUGCAGAUCAGUUGAUUUAAACCCAAGAUAAAACCAAGUUGUAGAAUCAUUUUGACCUGUCAAUGUUUUGUAUGAAAACAAUGUGAAAUCCCACAACACCUGUCCCCUCUGACUGCAAGCAGGGGCCUGUCUGGCUGUGGGUGAUGGGCACUCUGGAAACAGCUCCUGGGAACAAUGUCCUUGAGGCAUGGCAGGAGAAUGACCUUUCUUUCCUCUGUGGUACUUUCAGGGCUUAAAGCUCCUGAGGGGCACACACUGGGGCUUCCCCAAUGAAUUCACAUGUUGUGUUGAUCUCCCCUUACUUUGGUAAGCCUGGGAUCUGCUCAUUUGGCAGGGGCAGUGUGGUGGGAGGAUGUGCUGAAGAGUGAUGCUUGAUGUGCCUGGUACUGCAAGACAGUGUUAUUCUGUCUGUAAUCCCUAGUGGGGGUGAUCCCAGAGGGGAUUCCUUAAUCCUCUUCAUUUUGUACCUGUGCAGGUUACUGAGCACAGCCUGCUUUUAGGUAUCUUACCUUGUCUGAUGUGAGUGAUACAUCGUUUACUACAGAGACAAGUCUUUCCUGAGAAAAAUCCUCCCCUGCUUUCUGGAAAAAACAAUGAAUAGAGCUGAUUAUCAAGGAAUACACUUACUUGUCUUGAACUACAUAAAGAAAAUCUGCUUUUGCAAUGACAGGGGCAGAGACACAUCAGGAAUGUGGUCUAGUGAGUGCUUUUAAUCUGGAGAAAAAAUAAAUACGCAUGUUUGAAAUAGAAAGCCAAGAUCUCUAACAGAUACAUUUGGUCUAAAUCUGGGCAUGCUUGAAAGUGUCACUGAAAUCUACCUAUGAUGUGAUGGCAGCCUCUCUGAUUUCAAAGGAAAAAUGAGCAGAAAAUUGAGUUUGCUGGACAGUUAUGCAUAAAAACAUCUCCCCAGAAAGCCAGUCCUUGUAAAACAUAAGGUGUGAAAGAGCCUGGGGUUGAGUGUUGUUAGGGACCCGGAGCAGCUCCGCUCGGCUCUGGCACAUGGGGCCCUGGUGGGACUCAGCUGCAAAAGGGAGGUGCACAGGAGAAAGAGGAGAGGAGGUAGGGCUGCUCUCUCCAGAUGUGAUGGGAAAGGACAGGAGUAUGUUGAGAGAUUUGUUAUUUUUUCUUUUCUAUUGUUUCCUCAUUUUCAUGGUUUUUCCUUCUAUUUGUUCCCUACCCUUCUCCCCAGGGCAGGAGUUACUUUUGCCGCUCAGACAAAUGUUUCUGAGCUCAUCACCUGAGACACCCAGGAAGAAGAUAUCAGCUGCAGGUAAAGAAAUUUGCUUUAGGAACUGGACUUCUAUUCAUCUCCUCUUUUGUUUCUUUUUGCUUUUUUUUUCCCCUCCAGAUUUGUCACCAUGAACCUCUUGUCAUUUGAGUCCAUCUGCAUUUUCCUGCUUUCCCAAGCUUUGCUGGUGUUGGGUAUACAACAAAUCCACGUUGGCCAGGAGAUGAUUGGCAAGAUCUCAGCUGCUGGCCAGUUGAUGCAGUGCUCUGCCUCAUUGGAUGUCCUCUUCCUCCUGGAUGGCUCCUACAGCAUUGGCAGAGGAACCUUUGAAAGGUCCAAGCACUUUGCAGGAAAGCUCUGUGAUGCCUUGGACAUCCAUCCAGACAGAGUCCGUGUGGGAAUGUUACAGUUUAGCUCAACUCCCCACCUUGAAUUCCCACUGGAUUCCUAUCUAACCAAACAAGAAGUGAAAGACAGAAUCAAGAGGACUGUGUUCAGAGGUGGGAGCACAGAGAUCGGUCGGGCUCUGAAGUACAUUCUUCACAAGGGUUUCCCUGGUGGCAGAAAUGCAAGUGUCCCUGAAGUCCUGAUCAUCAUUUCGGAUGGAAAGUCCCAGGGCAGCACUGCAAUGCCUGCAAUGCAGGUGAAGGAGAGACAUAUCACAGUUUUUGCAGUGGGAAUCAAGUUUCCAAGGUGGGAGGAGCUGCACGUGCUGGCCAGUGAGCCCCCUGAGCGGCACCUGCUCUUUGCUGGAGAUGCUGAUGAUGCUGCCAAUGGCCUGUACAGCACCUUGAGUGACCCUGUCUGCACUGCCACUGCUCCAGAUUGCAAAGUUGAGUCCUACCCUUGUGAGCGCAGGACCCUGGAGACUGUGAAAGAGCUGGCUGGCAGCUACGUGUGUUGGAGAGGCUCAAAGCAGCCCAAUGCUGUACAGGCUUCACUGUGCCCUUUCAUCAGGUGGAAGCGAGUCUUGAUAAAACACCCAUCCAGAUGCUUCCGAACUGUAUGUCCAGAUCCUUGUGACUCCCAGCCAUGCCAGAAUGGUGGCACAUGUGUCCCAGAGGGACUGGACAGAUACCACUGCCUCUGCCUGCUGGGGUAUGGAGGAGACAUCCACUGUGCAGCGAAGCUGAGCCUGGAGUGCAGUGUGGAUCUCCUUUUCCUGGUGGACAGCUCAGCAGGGGUCACACUGGAAGGGUUCCUGCGCUUCAAGGCCUUCCUCAAGAGAUUCCUCCAAGCCGUGGUGGGCCAGGACUCACCAAUGAGCGUGGGGGUGGCCCAGUACGAUGAUGAUGUCAAGAUACCCAUUGAGCUGAGCCAACACAAGGACACGUUUAGUCUCAUGAAGAGUAUUGAUGCCUUGAAUUUCAGUGGAGGAAGAACCCUGACAGGAAGAGCCCUGCAGUACAUUGCACAGCACGGUUUUAGGAGUACCCCAGUCUUUGCAGAUGUGCAGGAUGAUCUCCCACAUGUGGUUGUGCUGCUUACUGACUCCAAGUCUCAGGAUUCAGUGGAAGAAGCUGCUAAGUAUGCAAAGGACCAAAAUCUCUUCUUGAUUGGCAUAGGCAGCAGCUUCAUGAGGGCAGAGUUGACCACGGUGACUGGCAAUCCACAGCAGACCAUUGUCUACUUGGACCCUCAGGACCUGUUCAACAGGAUGCCAGAGCUGCAGAGAAAAAUCUGCAGUGUGGGCAAUCCUGAAGGCUGCCAGGCUCAGUCUCUUGAUUUGGCAUUUGCUGUGGAUGCCUCAUCUGGAGUUGGCCUGGAGAACUUUCUGCGUCUGAGGCGCUUUGUCAGGAGCAGCUGUUUGCACUUUGUCAUCAACCGGGAUGUCACCCAAAUUGCCCUGGUGAUCUAUGGCAGCACAGCUCACACUGUGUUUGCUUUGGACACCCACACAAGCACCUCUGCUGUUCUCCAGGCCAUUGACCAGAUGCCUUUCCUUGGGGACUCAGCCUCUGCUGGUAGUGCCUUGCUGCAUGUUUACAGCGAUGUAAUGACCGUGCAGAAGGGAGCAAGACCUGGUGUCAACAAGGUGGUGGUGCUGCUCACCAACGGAGGUGGCAUGCAGGAUGCAGCUGCCCAGGCCCAGCAGCUGAGGCACAAUGGCAUCUUGGUGUUCGUGGUCGUCAUUGGGGACACAGAGAGGGACACGCUGCUGAGAGUUGCUGGGUCUCCCACCUACCUGGUCCACAUCUCCUCCUAUGAGAACCUGCAGUAUUACCAAGACCUUAUCAUUGAAAGGAUCUGUGAAGAGGCAAGAAGCCCCGUGAACCUGUGCAAGCCCAACCCCUGCAUGAACCAGGGCGUGUGCAUCCUUGGGCCAGGGAGCUACCGCUGCGAGUGCCACGGCUGGGAAGGGCCCCACUGUGAGACCAGAGCUCUCCGGGGUGAUUCUCCGAGAUCUCCAGCCCUUCCUCCACGUUCCCAUGGGCAGUGGAGUCCAAGGGGUUUGCAGCACUUCUCCAGAGCCCUCCAGCACAGCAAAAGGCAAAUGGAUCAGAGGCAUUGACACAGAUGUGCUGAGUGCUCCAGUUCUCCAUCCAGGAACACUUUCUGACACUCACAGGCACUGUCAGCACUGCCCUUGGCAGUGAUGGAGUUGCUCCAGCACAGGGACUAUGUUGAGGCCAUUCCCAAUUUCUGCAUUGCAUAAACUGGUCCUCCCAGCACUCUCUUUCUUUUAUAAUUGAAGUAAAUAUUUGUGUUUAAGUA